AAGGGGCGGAGCUCGCCCCGGAGAGGAGACCCUGCCUGCCGCCAGCAUCUCUACUGCCGCGACAUACUACAAUCCUGCAGGUGCUCUCCUGGCCGCUCCAGCCAGACACUCAGUAGGUGAUGGCGGGGGAGGGGAUCGGGGUUCUGGAGGCGACCAUGUGCCUGCCGCCCAUACAAGAGCGGGAUGCACACCUGGCCUGGUCCCGUGUCCCCGGAGCUGAGCGGCUUAGGCCCAGCAACCCCGCAGCCAGCCCUGCAACCGCACCGCCUUCCCCAGAAAACACUGGAGAGAACUCUGCCUCCCGCGUUCUGAACCUGGAUGGCUGCGAGAAGGGCUCGGGUACUGGGGUGGGGACCAAAGGAAAGGCUGAGGAAGUGACGACUGAGGAAGACUCUGUAGCCGCGGAGGAGCCUGCAGAGGUGGGGGAGAAGCUGGAGUGGGUCGCGGAAGCCCAGGAAAGCCUGAGGCCUCUGGACCUCAGGGCUCUUAUCGUGGACCCUCUAGAGGCCAUCCAGUGGGAGUUAGAGGCCAUGAGUGCCCAGGCGGAUGGGGCCCACCUGCAGCUGGUGCGCAGGUUUGGGAGGAUGCGUCGGUUGCACCUGGCCCGUAGGAGCUUCAUCAUCCAAAAUAUUCCAGGCUUUUGGGUCACUGCCUUCCUGAACCACCCACAGCUAUCAGCUAUGAUCAGCCCUAGGGAUGAAGACAUGCUUGGCUACCUGAUGAAUUUGGAGGUGAGGGAGCUCAGGCACUCCAGAACAGGUUGCAAGUUCAAGUUCCUGUUUGAGAGCAACCCUUACUUCCGAAAUGAGGUGAUAGUGAAGGAGUAUGAGUGCAGAGCCUCAGGCCGUGUGGUGGCCAUUGCUACUCGCAUCCUCUGGCACCGAGGCCAGGAACCUCCGGCCUUGGUGCACAGGAACCGGGAUACCGUGCGAAGCUUCUUCAGCUGGUUUUCACAGCAUAGCCUCCUAGAAGCCGACAGGGUGGCCCAGAUCAUUAAAGAUGACCUGUGGCCCAACCCUUUGCAAUACUACUUGCUGGGGCAAAGGCCCUACAGAGCUAGACGAAGCCUUGCAAGGUGGUCAGCAGAGGCUCUGCCAAGGCCCUAUGGGUUCCAGUCUGGCUAAGUCCUGCUCAGAUACUUGGUGCUUACAUAGGACUCCUGCUCUCUCCCUGCCAACCUGCCUAUGUCUAGGCCAGUGCUUUGCUGUCUGCCUCCUCCUCUGUGACUUCUGAGUCCUUAGCGUGUUUGGUGGACUCGGGACCAAGGCUGUGAUCUUCACGCUGUUCUAUGUCAUGUACUUCUCAUACGCCACUGUACUUAUAGCAGGCACCCAAUGUUACAGAUGUAUACUGUCAUCAUGGCUGUGGCCUGGACCCACAUGUAAAACAUGGCCUUUCACUUACUUGCCACCACAACUGACAAGGCUUCACGAGGACCAGCUCCUGUUGGAGGCCUAGCUCUUCAAAGCUUGACAAGUGCUGACUGUCCCAAACUGAGGUGUGACACCUAAGAUGAAGUGGGUGCAUUUGGUCCUGAUGGACAACCAGACUUGGAUAUCCCAUGGCUCCAAGACCACAGACAUUGCAGCUCCUACUGACUGGACUACUGAGGAUCUGCAGCCUGGACAGCCAGGUGAUGAGACAUGGGCGGGGCCUAAGGCCGGAAGUACACUAUUCCUGACCAUGCUUCUCUCCUCAUCCCAUGCGUGCCCCUCCCAUAGCCUGCUGUUGGCUUGUGAAGACCCGUGUUGUACCCUACCCAUGCCUGGCCAUUGCCUUUCUGAGGAGUUCUACCUUGUCUACCAUCAUCCCUGUUGCCUGCUGUCAGGGCUGGAAGGGUCAACUGUCAAUGUCGUGAGCGCUCCUACUACCACAGAGAUUAUAGCAGGCUGGCAUAUCUGGGUGUGUGCUCAAGGCAGGAGCAAGGUUGGGAGUCCUUUAUGAAGCCUCAUUCCAAGACCUACACAGAACCCAGACCUCUUGUCAGCUUCUCCUACACCUACCUGUUUUUAAGCUGCCGGGUUGUAGGUCCCGAAGAAGGGAGGCUUCUGGCCACGGGGCUUGCUUCCACUGGCAGAGAUAUCACAUGGCUUCCACUGGCAUAGAUAUCACAUGGCUUCCACUGGCAGAGAUAUCACAUGGCUUUUAAUGGAACAAUGCUGAAACAUAACUGAAGAUGCUAUUUGUUUCCCCAAAUAGCUAAGGAGACCCGUUCUUGAAUUUGCCUGUCUCUAGCGAGGAAGACUGAACUCUGAACUGCUGGUGUUCUCUGCCCCCUUUGCUCUGGUUUCUCUAGCGAGGCUUAGAAUAUCCAGAGUACCCAGUGUCGGGCUGGAGCAGGGAUGGUUAAUCAUUUCAUUUUACAUUGUGUUCUUUUAAAGAAACUUUAGUCUCCCCUCCUCCUCUGCUCCUCUACCCCUUGUGGGUUCCUAUAGAUAAAAAGGCUAAACUGCCCUGCCCUCCAAGUCCCCCCCAGGUUGUCAUCUCACGAAAGGCCUUGCUCUCUGCUCCCUAGGACAUGGGGGCAUAAAACAAUGGAGAUGGAGAACCCUCAUCUCCCUUUCUUUUGAUUCACCAAUAUAUUUUGUAAAUUAGAAGAGAAACAUAAUAUUGCCAUGUCUUGACUCUUUUCUGGUCCAGUAAUGAGCUUGUGUGAGCAGGAAGUUAACGUGGUUUCCAUUUUGUGCCUGUUGAGUAAGACCCAUGCAUCAUCAACUUCUCUGCCUUUGCUGAAAAACUGAGCGCACAGGCCUGCUCACGUUGAGUUGAGGACAUUUGUAAGGUACCUUUGCACCUUAUAACUGCUCUGUACCGCUUGGGCAUUUGUGACUGUUUACUGUUGUUAUUAAGUUGUAGUCUGGCACUAUAAUUUUAUCUUACAACCAGAGUUUGAAUCCUGUGAUUUUGCAGGACUUAAGGCUGGGCAUUGUUACUGUGUUCUGUUUGAGUAACCCCCAGAGGUAACCCUGAAAUGGAUGGUCUUGAUGCUUCUGGACCUCCUGAGUCCUAUUCCAACUGACCUGUUUCCACAUGGAGAAAUGUUCU